GUGUAGAUAAUAUUUUAAAGUAAUAUAUUUUAUAUUGUUACAUAUUUUGUUAUAAAUCAAAUGGUAGCUCCCAAAGCAAUCAUAUAGGCAAAGAUAGGUAUAGCAUAGUUUACUAGUUAGCUGCCCUUCAUUACUACAUAGAUUCCACAAUUUCAAACUUACUUAAAUUAUUGUAAGAUUUUUAUUUUCAGUCUGUAUGUUUUUUUAUACUAUUUACAACAGUUUAAUAUUACAUACACUUGUCUUUUCAGAGUGAUAUGUAUGGUAUCAUUGGUAUACUACGAGGUACAAGUUGAGCCCUUGCUUCUAACUUAUCUGUCAACUUGUUUCCUCCUCAUUGUGUCCAUUUUCAAGGUAGACUGUAAGAUAUAGACAGAGUUCAUCCAUUGUUUCUGUUCCCUAUAUGUUCUAAACUGAAGCCUUUUAAAAAAUUCUAGCCACUUGGUAUACAAAACUCUCUUCACAAUGAUAAUAUGCUAUCCUGUUUUCUUGACUGAUACAGUAACUGUUAGUCUUUCUCUUCAUAUUUCAGUGUCAUCUUAACACCAUUAUGUUAGUACCUUCAUACUCAGAGUUCAUUGAGGCAGUAAGACUGGGUUUGUUUGUUUGAUUGAUUUUUUUUACCUGAACAUCAUUUUUAUUAUUUCAUAUGUGAUCUUUUCUGAGAGAAAGUCCAUGUAUAAUUGUUUUGCAAUAGCAGAAAACAUUACCACUAGAGGCAAGAGAACUUUGGUCAUUUUUUGAUAUGGCUUUAGUCUUGAGUUCGAGUUUUGGUGCUUUAUUUAACUCCUUUCAGCAGGUUUAAGUGAUUUCUGCCAUCAGCUCUAGCAUUACCUUUCUAGGUCAUCAUAAACUAGAUGGCUUAAGACAACAGCAGUUUAUUAUUUUUUUUUUCUCAGUCUGGAAGCCACAAAUCCAAGAGUAAGGUGAGGCUGGCAGAAGCAUAAUCUGAAGGCUUUCAUGGAACCUCCUUCUGUGCCUCUUCUACUUCUGGUGGUUAGGGUUGCCAGGAAUCUUCUCAUUUCUCCACUUCUGGUUGCCUCAUUCCUACCCUUUGGCUUCAUUCACGUGAUUGUCUUCCCUUUGUGCCUACAUGUCUCCAGAUCCUGCCCUCCCUCUCUCCUUCACCCCCCUCUCCUUUUAAGCACACCAGCCACUGGAUUAAGAUUUGUUUUAAUCUUCAUCUAGUAUGGCUCCAAGUUUUGAUUGCACAUAUUUCUAAAUAUAUCAUAGUCACACCUACAGAAGGUCAACCUUUGAACAUAUCUUUUGAGGGGGGAAGCAUAGGUCCAUGUACAAGUGUCACAAUCUCUUGAGUCUUCCCCUUCCUAUUUUGCCUAUUCUAGUUACAAUGAUUUAGGUACCAAAUACCAGCAACACUAGAAUUGCACAUCAUUAGAUGUUUGGGAACAAUGAAGGUUCUAUUCUAAGAAUAUAUGUAUGUAACGUUUUUCUAAAUUAUUCAAGGUUUGGAUGUAUGUCUUUAAAAUUGCUGGACCUUAUCAUGGUGGGUUUUUUUUGUUGUUGUUUUCAUGUUCUUGUUUAGAUAUCACUGGAGCAUGUGGAUGAUGUGAGAGCUGGGAUGCCGUGAUGUCGACUCUCUGCCCGCCCCCAUCUCCAGCUGUUGCAAAGACAGAGAUUGCUUUAAGUGGUGAAUCACCUUUAUUGGCAGCCACCUUUGCUUACUGGGACAAUAUUCUUGGUCCUAGAGUAAGGCAUAUUUGGGCUCCAAAAACAGAACAGGUACUUCUCAGUGACGGAGAAAUCACUUUUCUUGCCAACCACACCCUGAAUGGAGAAAUUCUUCGCAGUGCAGAAAGUGGGGCUAUAGAUGUCAAGUUUUUUGUCUUGUCUGAAAAAGGAGUAAUUAUUGUUUCAUUAAUCUUUGAUGGAAACUGGAAUGGAGAUCGGAGUACAUAUGGACUGUCAAUUAUACUUCCACAGACAGAACUUAGUUUCUACCUCCCACUUCACAGAGUGUGUGUUGAUAGAUUAACACAUAUUAUUCGGAAAGGAAGAAUAUGGAUGCACAAGGAAAGGCAAGAAAAUGUCCAGAAGAUUGUCUUAGAAGGCACAGAGAGAAUGGAAGAUCAGGGUCAGAGUAUUAUUCCCAUGCUUACCGGGGAGGUCAUUCCUGUAAUGGAACUACUUUCAUCUAUGAAAUCACACAGUGUUCCUGAGGAAAUAAAUAUAGCUGACACCAUACUCAAUGAUGAUGAUAUUGGUGACAGUUGUCAUGAAGGCUUUCUUCUCAAUGCCAUCAGCUCACACCUACAGACCUGUGGCUGCUCCAUUGUAGUAGGUAGCAGUGCAGAGAAAGUAAAUAAGAUAGUGAGAACAUUAUGCCUUUUUCUGACACCAGCCGAGAGGAAAUGCUCCAGAUUAUGUGAAGCAGAAUCAUCAUUUAAAUAUGAGUCAGGGCUCUUUGUACAAGGCCUGCUAAAGGAUUCCACUGGCAGCUUUGUUCUCCCCUUCCGACAAGUCAUGUAUGCCCCCUAUCCCACCACGCACAUCGACGUGGAUGUCAAUACCGUCAGGCAGAUGCCACCCUGUCACGAACAUAUCUUUAAUCAGCGUAGAUACAUGAGAUCAGAGCUGACAGCAUUCUGGAGAGCCACUUCAGAAGAAGACGUGGCCCAGGACACCAUCAUCUACACAGACGAUAGCUUCACUCCUGACUUGAAUAUUUUCCAAGAUGUUCUGCACAGAGACACUUUAGUGAAAGCCUUCUUAGAUCAGGUCUUUCAUUUGAAGCCUGGUUUAUCUCUCAGGAGUACUUUCCUUGCACAAUUUCUGCUCGUCCUUCACAGAAAAGCCUUGACACUAAUAAAAUAUAUUGAAGAUGAUACGCAGAAAGGGAAAAAGCCUUUUAAGUCUCUUCGCAACCUGAAGAUAGACCUUGAUUUAACAGCAGAGGGCGAUCUUAACAUAAUAAUGGCACUAGCUGAGAAAAUUAAACCAGGCCUACACUGUUUUAUCUUCGGAAGACCUUUCUACACCAGUGUACAAGAACGAGAUGUUCUAAUGACUUUUUAAGUGUGUGAUUUGCUAAAUGUCUUUCAUCACAAUCAUGAUUGCUGGUAAAGUAGCUUGGUGGAGUAUGGAACCUGGUUUCCCCUGGUCAUUCCUCAGCAACUACAGUCAGUUACAUACACUACAGUCUGUUUGAUAGGAUCUGUAAGGGAUGUCAGGUCCAUCAUCACAUUGAAUGUCUCUUUUCCUGGAUGUAUUCUCUUGGGGACUUAUGUUUACAAUUAUAAUACACAGUAUUACUAUCUGUUAAAAUUAUAACAAUAGAAUAUACACUUGACCACAACUACUGUUUUUUAAAAUAUAUUAUCCAUGGUUUACAUAUAUGAGAAUGAAACCUGAAUUAGCUUUACAGAUCUAAUACUAGUUGACUUUCCAUUUGCUGGUGUUCUGUGGUGUAUAGUGUUACUGUGAUACUUUUUCAAUCAGUGGAAAAUAAGAGCAUUUAAAUUUUUCGUUCUGCAGAAAGGAAGUUAGAGUGAAUGCAUGUUAAGUUUUAGGAAGAAGACAAUGAUCAAGAAAAUUCUUAAUUAGAAUUAUUAGACCCUACUUUAUUGACUUAGCCAUUAAGACUGAGGCUGUGUAGAAAUGUUAAACAGAUGCGUGUAAUCCCUGACCAGGAUGAACCACAGUCUGUGUGGUUUGUAUUUAUUAUUCUUGUUGUCUGUUAUUUGUGUUUAUUAUUGUUGUUGUCAUUAUCCUGUAUAGUUGAGCUCUAUCCAAAAAGAUACAGGAAAAUAGGGUUUGUUUACUAGCUGUUAUCUACAACUAAAGUUGAAAUUCAUUUUCAUUAUUUUUUGAGCCAAACUGAAAUGUGCACCUCCUGUGCCUUUUUCCCCCCCUUGGAAAAUAUAAUUUCUUGGAAGAAGUUCAGAUUCCACUGAUCAGUCAUUUCCAUCUUGUUCUCUUGCAUAGUCCACCAUGUACUCAAUUUGGCAGUCUUUAUAACUCUGAGAUUAUAAAAUGCAUUAGACAAUAUAGUAGCUACUAAGAUAUUUUUUCAAAUUUCUUGUCUUCUUCCUCUCAUUUUUCUGUCUAUAGUUUUUAAGUCAUUUCCAUGUUGCCUGCAUCACAUAAGAAGAGCAGUAGAAACUUACUGGAGUGCUAUUUUCUAGGUGCUAUUUUGGCAGAACCAUUUUAGUCUAUUUAUUUUGUUUCUUUAAUGUGUUGGACCAUUUUGCUGUCUAUAAAAUAACUGACAUAUUUCUAUGCUACAGCAAUGUUUGGUGUAGGAAUAUAUACAAACACAAUAAAUAUGUUUUAUUUAAAAUUAUGAAAGUAACAAAAAGGGAAAUGAUACAAGAGAGUGAUGAAAUGAUAGAGCUCUUUUGUCCUCCCCAAAUUAAAAAGCAAAAUAAAAAGAUAUGUCCUAUUCUUUAAGAUCAAAUAGCUUUCAUAUCAUGAGUCAGAAAAAUACAGACAUCUUAAUGUUGAGACACAUCCUGAACAAGAUGAUGACUACAUGCAGGUCAGUCAUAAAAAAUGUAUAGAUAGCACCUUUAGAUACCACAUUCAAUAUAGAUACCAUCUAAUGCUUUUUACACAAUAGAUUCAUAUUUAAGUGCUGACUGAUUAUUUUCUCUGACUGGAUUAUUGUAUAGAAUGUAAGUUGUACAGUGAAAUAAGUUAUUAAAGCAUGUAUAAAUAUUGUUAAUAUUUUUUCUCCUAGAUGGAGAAUUUUAAAUAAAAUACCUUUGAAAUUUGUGUUUUACA